UAUUUGUGUGGCAUAUUGCCCGUGGAGCGUGAGACUGUAUUGUGCUGUUGUUAUACAAAAACUUUCUACUUUUAUCAUUUAUUUAAGAAUUUUUCAAAUGUAGACCAGCUUCAUAAAUAGAAAAAUUGUCAAUUUGAAAAUAUCUACUGUGUCAUUAGUGCUUCGACGAAUCUAGUGGCGAUAUUUUUAGAUAUUUCGUUUUACAGCGACAUUUCCCAAUAACACUUUUGGAGUGUAAACACAGGUGGAAGAAUUUAAAUGAUGCUUAUUCGAAACUAAAGAAACGUGUAAUAUCUUACCGAAAAGAAAUGGACAUACGGAGAUGCGAUGAGCUUCAUAAAAUUCGAAUUUGAUGACGAAAUCCAUAACGAGUUGAAAGAUAAUUAUAAAAUCGUAGACGUAAAAUCCAUUAAGAUGGACGAACUCGAAGAGAACCUGACUGGCGAAGAAAACUACGAAGAAGGCGCUGAUGCUUUCAUGAAGUCCGACUCCCAGGAUGAACAACUUGACGAAGGGACGGUUGAGUACCUCGAUCUCGACAUGGAAGCGAUCCAGGAAGCCGAGGAGUAUCAACCAGUGCCAAUCCUCAAUUCCCAAAAGAAACAAAAACGCUCCAAAGAUAAAUCACCUUCACAGUCUUCUCUCCUAAAAAAUAUACAAAAAACAAAUUACGAUACCCAGGGCGAACUCAAGUUACGUCCCAAAUAUCGACCCAUCAGACCCAAACCCUACCAGAGUCCCCCCAAAGCGAACAAAUUACAAAGUCUGCCAUCCAUCGUGAACUUCAAUCCGGCCCCCGGAUUUAUCGUUGCGGCCCCCACUGUUGUCCGGAAGGAAACUAAAGGACAGGAAACUUUUGUCACGAGUCCCGCGAAGGGAAUGAACUAUUCCAAAGUGACGAAUGGCGUGAAUGUAGUUGGCAAAACCAACACCGGAAGUUUGGCGACGAAGAGCGACUUGCGAAAUGGAAAAUUACAAAAUCGGACGCCGAAGAACAGUGUGGAACUAUUUUUUGAGAGCAUGGCGAAAACUGUUCUCAAUUUGCCGACCCAAGUUCAAGCGGAAAUUAAAAUGGAGAUUUGUAAAGUGAUCUCAAUGGCCGAAAUCAAAUACUUGUCGGGGGUUCAUUCGAAAAGUGGGAAAAAGGGCUGACUCUCAUUCUCCUGUGUGAUACAAUAUUUGCAUGAUUUUAUGUAAAAAUUGGGUUUUGUUCUUCGAUGUACAUAUUUUAGCGAUAAACAAUAUAUAUCUUUGAAAGGGCGUUGUUCAUAUUUCUACCUGCCACUUACACUAUAUACAAGUGAAACAUUGUACAGUAUUGUACUAAAUAAACAGACAUAAUCGAAAACAUCCAUUUAAA